GUGCAAACGCCGUGAAGGAGGAGUGCCGUCACAUCGAAGAGUAAUCUGCGCCAUUCGGAAAGAAACAUUAUUUCUGCAAAAUAUAAACGUUAGCAAAUAUUCGUUUGCAGAAAUCAACCUACCAUUCCACGUGCGAUAUUUUGGUGAGACGAAACCCCACCCACUCUACUCAGAGUUGAUGCAGGCAACAACACACGCAUGCUGUUUUCACUUUUUUCAUGAAACUUUAUUUUCUUUCAGAUAUCAAUUCAUACAAUUAUAGUAUUUUAAGCUGUCAUGACAACCAAAAUACUUGCCAUAAAGAAUUCAGUGUUCUGUGGACUGAAGACUCUACAAAGCAUCCAUGCGAGGAAUUUUAGGUAAGAGAAUGAGUCAGAAACUUUGGCUAGCUAGCACGUGGAUUAAUUGGCAAAGUGUCAAAAGUGAGCUCAGUUGUCAAGCAAAGUAGUACAGUACAAGCUAUUUCCAUCGUUUGGCAUUCAGAGUGCAACACUGUAUUUGUUGUCGUGUUUUUGAGACUUGUAAUGCACAUUUUAAAAUACUUCUCAUUUGAAUGGGGAGUCUAUUUUUAUCCUCUUGUCAUUUGCAGCAUUGGAGCACUAGCUCUGGGUCCGGUCAACCUCAAGGGUCGCAGUUUUCUGACUUUAAAAUACUUCAGCUCAGAUGAGAUCAAACAUCUUCUAUGGGUGUCAGGUGACCUAAAGCACAGGAUCAAACAUGAAAAACAGGUACAGUAAGGAUGAAUGUCACUAACAGAAGUUUUCAUUUCAAAUGGAAGAUGUAUAUAGCACCACUGAUCGAGUUCAAGUGAGAUAACUGUCACUUCUAUUUUCAGUACCUUCCUCUUCUUCAAGGGAAGUCGAUUGCCAUGAUAUUUGAGAAGAGGAGCACCAGAACUAGAAUGUCCACAGAAACAGGUGUGAGAACAUUUGUGUCAGGGUUUGGUCUAUCUACGCUUUUGGAGUAGAGAAAUACCAAAACAGCCACUGUGGUGGCCGAACAACGAUGCUGAUAUGCUGUGUUGAUAAGAAAUCCGCUGACACUGUACUUUGAUUAUAAAGGUUUAUUAUAUCAAAAGAUUUCAGGGUCAAUUUACAGAUUUCUGCAGAAUCUGGAGAACAACUAACCCAAUCUCAAAUAUGAUUAUUCUCCCCGUCCUUUGUUGAAAACCUGGUAUAUAUCCUUUGUAACAUAAGAUGGGUGUUUAGAAUAGACCAAUCCCUGGCUUCCACGUAUCCAAGUCUCCUCUGUUUCAGGGGGCCCCUAUAGUAAUGCUUUCCAGAUGUUUCAGCAAGGCAAAGUAAAGUUCAUCUAACACACCAUUUGCAAAUGUCAGCCAAAAUUAUAAACUGUUCAGAUACUACACCACACCACUCAUGUUGGGUCAUGCAAUCACUUAGGGAGUGGUUCAAUUAAAAGUAAUUACAAAGUCUCUUACAUCAUUGUGGAUAUUUAAGAUACAGGAAACACAAGUUCCCACAUAGCUUUUUUGCUGUGAGGGGGUGGGGGUUGAUGCAUUGGAAAGUUCAGUUGCACUCAUUCAUGGGAUCACAAAGCUGAAUGGGUCAGGAGUCGGGACUAAUGCAGGACACAAUGGAACUGCUGAAAAGACAAACUCUCCCUCCAUUUGUGGCAAUGUAACUCAGUUUCACUCACAUUUUAGUCAUUUAGCAGACGCUCUUAUCCAGAGUGACUUACAUGAGCAAUUAGGGUUAAGUGCCUUGCUCAAGGGCACAUCGACAGAUUUUUCACCUAGUCGGCUCGGGGAUUAGAACCAGCGACCUUUCAGUUACUGGCACAACGCUCUUAACCACUAAGCUACCUGCCGCCCACUCACGUCUCCCUACUUUAUCGCUCCACUAUUUCCUCUUGCCAUCCUCACAUUUUUAUCUCAACCACAGAGUUUUCCCCCAUUUGUCUGUUUUGUAAAGAGAUACAUUGCAUUGCAGAUAGAAAUGCAUGAUGAAUGGACACAGCUGUCUUCCAUGUGGAAUAUGCUAUUUAUUUCUAUCAGCAAUAGUAACAUUUUGUGCAUUUGAAUAAGCCCCUGUUAUAAUGUGUUCCUCCUGCAGGUUUUGCUCUGCUGGGAGGACACCCCUGCUUCCUCACGUCUCAGGACAUCCACCUGGGAGUGAACGAGAGCAGCACAGACACAGCCAGGUCAGUCAGCCAGGGCCACAGCAAUAGCCAACUUUUUGCUCCUUGACUACACCAGGUUAUCAUCACCAUUGGAAUCUAACGUUAUAGUGUGUGUGCAGGGUUCUCUCUGGGCUGUCAGACAUAGUCCUGGCACGGGUGUGCAGCCAUAGUACUCUGGAGGAGCUGGUGAAGGAUGCCUCCAUCCCCAUCAUCAACGGCCUGUCUGACCUCUACCACCCCAUCCAGAUCCUCGCUGACUUCCUCACCCUGCAGGUACUGAAGCCUAACUGCAAAUAGUUCUAAGUAUCAGAUAUAGACAGGAGAGGUCUUUAAGGACACUCCUGACCUGUAAAACGACCUAUAUCUAAAACUGACCCUAACCUUAACCAAACCCUUAAAGGCCCAGUGCAGUCAAAAAUGCGAUUUUCCUGUGUUUUAUAUACAGUACCAGUCAAAAGUUUGGACACACCUACUCAUUGUAAAUAAGAAUGUAUUCUUAACUGACUUGCCUAGUUAAAUAAAGGUUAAAUAAAAUAAAUACAUAAAUAAAAAUUCAAGGGUUUUUCUUUAUUUUUACUAUUUUCUACAUUGUAGAAUAAUAGUGAAGACAUCAAAACUAUGAAAUAACACAUAUGGAAUCAUGUAGUAACCAAUAAAUAUUCUUCAAAGUAUCCACACUUUGCCUUGAUGACAGCUUUGCACACUCUUGUCAUUCUCUCAACCAGCUUCAUGAGGAAUGCUUUUCCAUCAGUCUUGAUGGAGUUCCCACAUAUGCUGAGCACUUGUUGGCUGCUUUUCAUUCACUCUGCGGUCCAACUCAUCCCAAACCAUCUCUAUUGGGUUGAGGUCGGGUGAUUGUAGAGGCCAGGUCAUAUGAUGCAGCACUCCAUCACUCUCCUUGGUCAAAUAGCCCUUACACAGCCUGGAGGUGUGUUUUGGGUUGUUGUCCUGUUGAAAAACAAAUUAUAGGCCCACUAAGGGCAAACCAGAUAGGAUGGCGUAUCACUGCAGGAUGCUGUGGUAGUCAUGCUGGUUAAGUGUGCCUUGAAUUCUAAAUAAAUCACAGUGUCACCAAUAAAACACCAUCACACCACCUCCUCCAUGCUUCACGGUGGGAACCACACAUGCGGAGAUCAUCCGUUCACCUACUCUGCGUCUCACAAAGACACAGCGGUUGGAACCAAAAAUCUCAAAUUUGGACUAAUCAGACCAAAGGACAGAUUUCCACCGGUCUAAUGUCCAUUGCGCGUGUUUCUUGGCCCAAGUGAGUCUCUUCUUAUUGGUGUCCUUUAGUAGUGGUUUCUUUGCAGCAAUAAGACCAUGAAGGCCUGAUUCACACAGUCUCCUCUGAACAGUUGAUGUUGAGCUGUGUCUGUUACUUGAACUCUGUGAACCAUUUCUUUGGGCUGCAAUCUGAGGAGCAAUUAACUCUAAUGAACUUAUCCUCUGCAGCAGAGGUAAGUCUGGGUCUUCCUUUCCUGUGGCGUUGCGCAUGAGAGCCAGUUUCAUCAUAGCGCUUGAUGGUUUUUGCGACUGCACUUGAAGAAACGUUAAAAGUUCUUGAAAUUUUCCGGAUUGACUGACCUUCAUGUCUUAAAGUAAUGAUGGACUGUCGUUUCUCUUUGCUUAUUUGAGCUGUUCUUGCCAUAAUAUGGACUUGGUCUUUUUGGCCUAAUUUUAACCAAUUCUGAAAUGUAAAUGCCGACAUAGACUGAACCAGAUUCAAAAUGGCGCCGCUCUGUGUUUUGCAGGAGCAUUAUGGCUCGUUGAGUGGGCUGACUGUGAGCUGGAUCGGAGAUGGAAACAACGUCCUGCACUCCUUCAUGAUGACCGCAGCCAAACUGGGCGUCCAUCUUAGAGUCGCCACGCCCAAGGUCUGACCAUGCACGUACACAUUCUCCCCCACUUCACCAGUUUUACUAUACCUCCCCUACAUCGCUCCUUUUCCUUUCCCUUCUUUAUCUAUUCAUUUAUUUGUAGUCGCCAAGCCACUGUGUUUUGUGGCUCUCUGUAGCUUCACUCUCAGACGUUAUGACCUGUAUAGUAGUGGUAGUUGAGCUCUAACUAACCCCAUCACUCUGCCCUGCCUGCCUCUCAGGGUUAUGAUCCAGACAGCAGCAUCAUUCAGGAGGCACAGAGACUCUCCAAACAGGUGAGAAUUUCUAGACUAAUGGCGUCGGACUCUUUAUUAGGAUUGUAUUACCUGGUUAUUGUUAUGCUGAUCGAUACUAAUGGUGUCAAUACCAAUAGCACAAUGUCCUUCAUUUUGUGUCUGCUGUGUGUCAGCAUGGGACCCAGUUGCUCCUGACAUCUGACCCAGUGGAGGCAGCUCGAGGCAGUAACGUCCUGGUGACAGACACCUGGGUCAGCAUGGGCCAGGAGGAGGAGAAGAAACAGAGGAUCAAGGACUUCCACGGCUACCAGAUCACCAUGCAGGUACAUACAACAGUAGACUCAUAUAGUGAAUAAAUUGAUGAGUAUUCUCUUGCUGAAUACUAACCCUCCCCCAGGCAGCCCCUACCUCUAACCCCUUCAUGUAUGUGCCUAGGGGUUAGGGGUAGAUUUGGAAUGAAUCAAAUAAUCAUGUCUCCCCGUUCUGUCCACCCCAGACAGGAAGUGUGGCGAAGCCAGACUGGACCUUCCUUCACUGUCUCCCACGGAAACAGGAAGAGGUGGACGACCAGGUGUUCUACUCCCCUCGCUCACUCGUCUUCCUUGAGGCUGAGAACAGGAAGUGGACCAUCAUGGUAAGCUGAGCUGCAUACAGUAAAAAUAUGUAGUUAAAUGUGGACUAAUAGUAGUAUUUGAAUGAAGUUAAAGUUGCCUUUUUAGGAACUCAGUCGGGGUCUCAACUUACUGUUGAGUUAGAAUAGUUGUGGUCCUCUGUAGCUCAAUUGGUAGAGCAUGGCGCUUGUAACGCCAGGGUAGUGGGUUCGAUCCCCGGGACCACCCAUACGUAAAAAUGUAUGCGCACAUGACUGUAAGUCGCUUUGGAUAAAAGCGUCUGCUAAAUGGCAUAUUAUUAUAUUAAUAGUAGAAUACACAAGGUGCAAUUUCUAAAUGUGGUUGUACAUCAGCAGUUUUUAUCUUGUUAUGUCAGUCACUCAAUAAGUCCAUGUCAGCUAAACAUUUUUUGAUUGGUAAGUUAGUCUAGCCAGCUGUCUAAACUUGUUGUAAUCAUGGUUGAAUUACUGACCGGGGGGGCCCCAUUGAUUUUAUUAGUCAGUCUCACUCAGAUAUCAUAUUAAAAACUGCAAACAUUUCUCUCUGCCCCAUGGAAAAAUGUGUAGAAUUGCAGCAAACUUGCUUUAAGACUGCAAUAUUUUCUCUGUCUUAUGUGUAGAAUUGCAGGAAAUUAACUCCAAAAAAAUUUACAUCUCCGCUGUCAAGAGCAGGGCUGUUAAAAACAUUUGCUCACAAGGUAGGGGGUCCCACCAACAAUAAAUAACUUAGGGCCCCCAAAAGGCUAAGGUCGGCUCUGACUGCAUGUGUGGAUAUGGAUGUGGGUACACAGACCCACCAGCCACUGCGGCCUCAUGAUGAGUUCAGAUUUUUUUGUGGCCCCCACCCCCAUCAGUUGCCCAUCCCUGGUUGAAAUGGACUGAGUGUUAUCUUUAGGAGGGAUUCUAAGAAUACCCCUCUUACUUUCCCUUCUUUUAUUUGUGCCUCAUGCUCUCUUUAUUUAUCUUUCUUUCUUCAUUGCUCUCCAUCUCUCCAGGGUCUGAUGGUCUCUCUGCUGACCAACUACUCCCCCCACAUCCCCAUGCCCAGGUUCUAACGCUAUCCCUACAUGCCAAAGGCAUCCUAAGUUUACAGUUUUGUAAUACUACAAAACAGCACUAGGUAAAGUACUUGAUUGACUUUGUAGUCUGCCAGGUACAUUGGAGCCAGUUUUAAAAGUGCAAACUCUAAGCCAAAUCAAGUGCAUUUAAAAUGCGUAUAAGUAUUUUACAAAUGUAUUUGAACCAGGUCUGAAUCUGAGAGAAUAAAAGCUUGUUUCUUUGGAUUGGACAUGUGAUUUGUAAACACAAUUCUAGUUUGUUUAAGAUGUUAUGGAAUUGAUUUUGGGGGUACAAACAAAUAAAUACAAGUGCCUCAAUGAACAUGCUUCCUCUGUCCUUAUAAUACUACUUUCUUAGUUUACCAACAACUGCAAAUUUGACCAGGUCUUUGGGGGGGGAAAUCCUUGCAUUCCAUGUGGUGCACCACAGAGAUAGCUAGCACGUGCACCUAACGUUACUAUGCUCAGAUUUUGCUGUGAAUAUUCUAUUUAACCUCGCACAUACGGGUUGCAUCCAAAUAAACAGAAUUACAAUGUCAUGUACGGAUAAAGUUGGUAGAAUGUAGGGCAUAACUUGUUUGUGAGAAAUUUAGCAGACCACACCAUUUGCAACAGAAGUCAUGUCUACACUUGACACUUACAUGCGACUUCUGCUAUCAGAAUUCGAAGCUCGCUUUGAAAAGACUGGUCUAGAAGCACAAAAGUCGCUUUGUGGUCUGAUUGUGUUUAGAUCUGGCUGACCACUUCAGGAGGUGGUCAGGGAUGCAUUGUGUGUGGAUUUCUCCACAGUCUGGACGCAAUCA